AUGACGUUGUCAAAUUCGGUUUGUCUUCAAAUGAUGCAAUCGGUGAAGGAGAAAACAAUCAAGAGGGAGUUUGAAGUGAAGGAGGAGGACGUCGUCAAUGAGGAUGCAUUUAUCGGUGCCACAUACGACCUGGGUGGAAACGGUUUGAAACAGAAGGUGUUGAAGGGUAUUUCAGAUGAAGAAGUCUACAAAUUGCAAUUCGAUCGCAUAGAUGAGGCUGAAACAUUUUACAACAUGUUAGCUAGAGUAGCUGGAUUUAGUAUUCGAAAGGAUGAUUUGAAGCGAGACAAGAAUGGAGAUAUAAUAUCUCGAAAGUGGGUGUGUUCUAGAGAAGGGCAGCGAGCGACAAAGUUUAUUGAAAAUGACAAGCGACAGCGUGAGCCACGAUCAUUGACUAGGGUUGGAUGUGAAGCUGCAUUUCGUGUAGGCUUGAAUAGGAAAGAUGGAAAGUGGAUUGUAAAGGAAUUUAUAGGAAAUCAUAAUCAUAAUUUGGUCGAUGCUAUCAACACACAAUUCCUUCGGUCUCAUCGAACAAUAAGUAAUCCCGAUAAGGCACAAGUUGAUGUUUUGCGUAAAGUAGGUGUUAAAGCCACACAAAUUAUGGACUAUAUGGUAAAACAAUCAGGGGGACAUGAGCACGUCGGUUUCACACAAAAAGAUAUAUACAAUCACGUUGAUGCAAUGCGUAGAAGUGAAAUUAAAGACGGUGAUGCAGAAGCGGCAUUGGCUUAUUUGUGUGGAAAGGCAGAAAUGGAUUCCUCAUUUUUUUAUAAAUUCAACAUUGAUGAAGAAAGUUGA